GCAGCAACGCCUCUGGGCUCGGUCAGCCACGCUGCCGCCAACCCAGAGAGGGCAGCUGGGCGCCCAGGACAGAGAGGAGCCGGGGCUGCCUGGGAGUGGGACCGGUGUACUGAGAGAGGUCCCGGCCGUGGUCCCAGGAGGACACUCCCCUGGAGCAGAGGCCCUGCUGGCUCUCGGCUCCUGCACUUCCGCCCAUGAUGAGUUCCGCCUCCAGUGAGCCUGGCGAUGGGGACUCCGCCAGCCGGUCCCGGCUGGGGCUGGACGCCGUGAUCCAGAAGCUGGAGGACACCGUCCUGAGCCCCAUGGCCAGCAGAGAAGACCGGGCACUGACCAUGCGUGGGGAAGGCUGGCAGGCCUCGCCCACCCCUGUGCCUGCCCGCAUCCGUGAGAUUGUGGCUGGCAGCCUGGGCGAGGAGCCACCACAAGGGGUGCAGGAGCCGCCGGCCUCCCCAGCCCACGUGCAAGAGGAGAAUGAGCUCCUGCAGGAGGAGCUGUCCCGGCUGGAGGACCUGCUGGCCCAGGCGGGCGCCGAGCGAGACGAGCUGGCCAGCAGGUACCACGCGGUCAGCGAGCGGCUGCAGGCCCGGCUGGAGACCACUGAGGCUCGGCUCCGGAGGUCGGAGCUGGAGCACAGCGUGGACCUGGAGGAGGCCCUCAGCCGUCUGGAGGCUGCUGAGCAGAGGAGCAUUGGCCUCUCCCAGGUGAACACGCUUCUGCGGGAGCAGCUGGAGCACAUGAAGAAGGCGAAUGACAGGCUGGCGCAGGAGCUGGCCGGGACGGCACGCAGCGUGCUCCGGCUGCGGGCCAAGCUGGAGCUGAGGGAGGCACGGCGCUGGACCCGGACGGAGACUCGGCAUACACGCCCUGGGGAGCCCCAGGCUGUCCUCCUCCUGUGGAGACAGGUCACAGCACUCCGUGGACACCUGGCUGAGCUGCGUGCAGCCACCGAGAGGGGCCUCGCUGACAUGCGAGCUGAUGCAGCCAGGACGGCCCGGCGCCUGCGCACGGCCUGCCUGAACCUCAGCUCCAACCUGCGGCUGGCGGCCAGCAGCCCGGCCAGUGCCCUGGAGCAGCAGCUGCGGGACAAGGUGCAGGAGAUGCAGCAGCUGCAGGGCCGCUGGGACGCGGAGAAGGUGGCCCUCCAGGCCAGACUCUCUGAGCAGACGCUGCUGGUGGAGAAGCUCACAGAGCAAAACACGAGCAAGGAGAGAACCAUCUCCUGCCUCAGGAUGGAUGUCCAGAAACUGGAGUGCAGGCGCAGCGGAGGCCAGCUGGCACCGGGUGACCGGAGGGCCGAGGCAGAAGCCUCGCAGUGGGCCUUGGGCGGUGUCACAAAGGUGGCCCAGGCAGACACGGGAAGCCUGGAGCUGGCCGGGAGCAGCAACACUGAAGGCAGGGAGGUGCAGGACCAAUGGAGGAGCCCUACGUCCCCGCUGCAGGCUGCGUCCCCACCACAGGCCCACUCCCCAGCCAGCCCGGACCCCGCGCUGCGGGCUGUGCACGUGGCCUGUGACAGGUGGCGGCAGCGGGAGCAGGAGCUGCGCCUGCAGCUGGUGUCCCCCGAGGUGGCAGCAGCCAGGCUCCGGGAGCAGCUGUCUGAGAGCCAGCGGGAGCUGCGGGCCUCGGGGAGGCUCCUGCAGGAGCAGAGGCAGGGGCAGGCCCGGGAGCACCAGGACCUCCUGGGCGAGCUGGAGGUGCAGCGGCAGGAGGCGCAGCACCUCCGGGUGUCCUGCGAACUCCUGGGGAGAGAGAAGGCGGCUCUGGAGGAGGUGGUGGAGGAGCUGAGAGGGAAGGUGGACCUUUCAGACAAGGAGAAGCAGAGGCUGGAGGCCAGGAACGAGGAGCUGCAGAGAAGCCUCCUGCUGCGGGCGCAGAAGGCCGAGCUGGUGCAGCCGGGAGAGCGGGGCCAGAGGGAGCUGGAGACCAGUCAAGGGCGCCUGGAGCAGCUGGAAAAGAAGUUUUCUGGACUCAGGAAGGAGCUGGUGUCAGCCCAGGAGGCACUGAACGCAGUGCGGCUGCAGAGGGACAUUCUGGAGAGCGAGAGGGAGGGUCUGCGCGGUGCCCUGGCCCGGGCCGAGUCCAGCAAAGCCAACCUGGAACUGCUCGUGACUCGACUAAAGUCGGAGGGGGUGGAGCAGAGGGACUCCCUGGCCAAGAUGGCUGCCCUGAUGGAGGGGCUGGCUCAGGACAAGGGCUCCCUGAACCACCUGGUCCUGCAGCUGGAGCAGGAGCAGGCCCGGCUGCAGGAGCAGCAGAAGGUGCUGGAGCAGGAGCGGGCGGGCGCUCGGGAGCGGCUGGCACGGGCGGAGCAGCAGCUGGAGCUCCUGCGGGCCGAGCGGAGGGGCCUGCAGCAGGCCUGUGGGCACCUGGAGAAGCAGCUGGAGCAGCUGGAGGGGCAGGCAACCCGCACCCGGCGAGAGAGGGCCCAGCUGCAGGAGCAGGUCGGCCAGGUCACAUGUGAGAAGCAGGCCCUGGAGGAGGAACUGGCCCGGAGACUACAGGACCAGGAGGCCCAGACGGAUGCUCUCCAGAGGGCCCUGCAGGAGAAGGAGGCUUUGUCUGAGGAGCGGGCCCAGCUGCUGGCCAAGCAGGAGGCCCUGGAGAGGCAGGGCCAGCUUGUGGCUGAUGAAGCAGCUGACCUCAGGGCCGAGAGGGACUCUCUGGAGAGCAGCCUCUUUGAGGCCCAGCAGCUGACAGCACAGCUGCAGACACAGCAGGAGCAGCUGGAGGGAGAGGCCCAGAGCGCCAGGCUGGCCCAGCAGGCCUUGCAAGUGGAACUGGAGCAGCUGAAAAGCACCUGGGAGGUCCAGGACACGAGGCUGCAGUGGGACGUGGGGCAGCUCCGGCGGCAGGUGGCGCAGCAGGAGCGGGACGUGCAGCUGGCCCUGGAGAGCCGGGCGCUGGCCCACCACGAGGACCUGGCCCGGCUCCAGAGGGAGAAGGAGGCCCUGCGUCUGUCUCUGACGGAGGAGAGGGAAGUGUCAGCACGCCGGCUGGAGCAGGAGAAGGAGCUGGUGGCAAGAGGUGCAGCCAAGGGGGAGGCUCUGAGGGAGGAAAUUCAGAGCCUGAAGCACGAGCAGGAGGAGCGUCUCCUUCAGCUGGAACAGGAGACGCAGCAGGCCCUGUCUCUGAAGGACACGGAGAUGAACCGGCUGAGGGAGGAGCUCGCGAGCACCGCGCAGGAGCUGGACCUGGUGCGGCAGGAGGCCCGGAGCCAGCAGGCACGAGCUGAGGCCACCGUCAGCGCCAUGACUGCAGAGCUGAAGGCCCUGCAGGCCCAGUUUGAGGACGCCAUCUCAGCCCAUCAGAUAGAGGCCAGGGCUCUGAGCGAGAGGCUCCGGGAGACGGCGGCGGAGCGAAGCACCGCGGGGAGAGAGGCCAAGAGGCUGCGGGCACAGCUGGACGAGGCCCAGGGAGGGCUGGCCGCACUGCGCCGGGAGCUGCAGGGCAGCGAGGAGAGCCGGGCGGGGCUGCGCAGGGAGGCCCUGGAGGCCCGCCGGGCGCUGGGUGACGAGGUCCACGAGAAGGACGUGCUGCAGGAUUCCAACACCGAGCUGCGGGCCGCCAUCCGCAGGGCUGAGCACGAGAAGGCCAGCUUUAAGCGUUCCAAGGAGGAAAAGGAGCAGAAGGUGCUGGUCCUGGAGGAGGCCCAAGCACUGGCUCAGAAGGAGGCUGGAGAGCUGAGGGCCAGCCUGCGGGAGGCGGAGCGGGCAGGGGCAGACGCCCGCAGGGAGCUCCAGGAGCUACGCAGACAGGUGAAGACACUGGAGGGGGAGAACCAGAGGAAGAGCCAAGAGGUGAUCCAGCUGCAGUUCCGGGGCGCACAGGAAGCACAGCAGCAGCAGCAGAGCCGGCAGCAGGCUCUGGAGCUGCAGAGGCUGGCGGCUGAGGCGGAGGCUGCCAGAGAGGGCGCCCAGAGGGAGGUCCUGAGGCUGCAGCAGGUGCUGGCGGAGGUGGAGGCGCUAGGCGAGUCCCGGGAGAAGCAGCUGGAGCAGCGCCUCUGUGAGAGCCGGCGGGCAGAGCAGACCCUCCAGGCCGAGCUGCGCAGCGUCACCAGGAAGCUGCAGCAGGCCCGCGGCGUGGCUGGCAGCCUCCGGGCUCGCCUGGACGUGGCCGGCCACCAGGCCCGCAGCCUGGAGCAGGAGCUGGCCCGGGCCGAGGGCGCCAGGAGGGAUGCAGAGGGCCAGCUGGGCCGGCUGUGGUCCGCGCUCCGCCUCGGCCUGGGGCUCCGGACACGGAGCCCCUCCGGCUCCCCCGAGCGGCCCGGCUCCCCCACCAAAGGCUCAGACGGCUCCCAGAGUGCCAGCCCCCCAGCCCAGUCCCGAUCGCCCCUUCAAUGGCCCUCGCCUGAACCAGGAGACCAGAGCACAGAGGUGGCCGUGGCCUCCGUGCAGGGCGCCCUGAGGGACUUCAUGCAGAAGCUGCGGGACGCCCAGCGGGAGCGGGACGCCUGGCGCUCCCAGGUCGGGAACCUGAGCCGCCGGCUGAGUGAGGCAGAGAGCGAGCGCGCCCGAGCCCAAAGCCGCGCGGAGCAGCUGCAGAAGGCUCUGGCCGAGGCAGAGGAAGGCUGGCACCAGGCAGAGCGCGAGGUGAGCAGCGCACAGGCCGCGCAGGCCCUGCAGGGGGAGGCGCUCCGGCGCCUAGAGACCGAGCACCUGGUGAGCAUGCGAGCGGCAGGCCAGGAGAAGCAGCGGCUCCAGGUGGGGACGCCCCGCCCCCCGCCCCCCACAGCCCAGCGCGGGGAGGAGGGGGUUUGCUGGGACGUCUUCUGGGGGAGGGGCGGUUUCAGUCCUUGUGGGCAGAGGCCCCUGCUGGGCUGGAGCAGGUGGCCUCCCUGGACGUGGGCCCCCGCACAGCUCAUCGGGCCCCCCCCCCCACCGCAGAGCUCCAGGGCCCGGGAACCGGCCAGGCCCAUCCACCUGGGCCCCUCCCCUUGGGUUAACUCGGAGCCAGCUGAGCAGAGCCUUCCCCGAGCCAUCUCAGGACGACCUCAGGGGUCCAAGGUCACAGGCCGUCUUAGAGCUCUGGCCUCACAGCUGGGGUCAGCUGGAUUCUUGGUGAGCGCAGGUGGCUCGCGACACACGCCCUGCUCCCUGGGCCCCAGCUCCUCGCUGACCUUGAACCUCCCCUCCCACGUCCCCCAAGUCGGGGAGAACUUCGGUCCCCGCGACCACAUCGCACUGUCCGCUCGCCCCACCUCCACGUGGCCCCGGGUCCAGAUCGCGGGGCUGGAGCAGGCCCACGCCCAGCGGCUCCGGGAGCUGGUUGCCCAGCACCAGCGAGACCUGGCCACGGAGGCCACCCAGGGCCUGGCGUCCCAAGAGAGGAGGACCCACCAGCAGCAGGUGAAGGUGCUGGAGGAGCAGGUGGCCAGCCUGAAGGAGCAGCUGGACCAGGAAGUGAAGCGGCGGCGACAAGCUCGCCUCGGCCAGGCCUUCCAGGCCAAGAAGUGAGCCCUGCAACCAGUGCCCAG